ACUCGAAACCACUCUGCUUGGCGUGUUUCUAAAGUGUUGGAAGUAUAGUGCAAAACGCGCGCGUAAACGUCUCAGUCGAUCGAUCAAACGGCGAUUGCAUAUCAGCCAGCCGUAAGCCGCCAGAUAGCUUUCCAGUUGACUUCAGCAAACGCGUGUGUCGCCUACUACCACUUUGGUUUCCACACUUUAAAGUAACAACAAAAAUGAGAGCCAUCAAGCAACGGAUUUAAAAACAUCGAAAUAUUGAAAUUUAUUUUGAAGUGCUAAUCCAUUUAUGUGCUGUUGUUUAUUAAGGAGGAUUUAAAAGGAUUUGAAAAUAUUAAAAAUAAUCAAACUACAUUACGAAAAGAGAUGUGCGUUUAGUGUAAAACAAAGUGAAGAAAUUUAAAUGCAUGGCGCUCUUUUGUUAAUUCACAUUCGAUAGUGAGGAAAAUUAAGCAAAAGCAAAAAAUAAAAACAACAACAAUUAAUACAUAUAACAAAUAAACAUUUCAGCGCCUGAAAACAAUAAUUUUAUGUUUAUCGUGGCAUGACCAAUUCAACUAGUUUUCAAUCGUCAGCUAUUUCUAAUACCAUCAGCGACUAUCCCAGUUUAGGAGGUGAAUGUUCUAUUCACGGUUAUAACAUGGAAGAUCUGGAACUGGAUCAAGUCACACAGGUGAUUAACUAUCAUCCUCGUUUUCUCGAUCAUUUUCUGCGCACACAAAAUUUCAUUAUGGAUGGAGAUGGACCGCUGCCAUAUGAUUACCGUUAUUAUUUGGCCAUAAUUGCUGCCGCUCGUCAUCAGUGCCCCUACCUGGUGAAAAUGUAUGAAAAGAAGUUCAUCAAUCAGGGCGGCAAAGCCGAGUGGUUAAACGGCUUAGAUUAUAUCCCAUCUAAAUUACGUGCCAUUUAUGAUAUAAAUAAAAUACUGGCCCAUCGACCGUGGCUGCUGCGCAAAGAACACAUUGAGGGCCUAACAAAAGGCAAGAACAGCUGGUCGCUAUCCGAGGUGGUUCACGCAAUGGUUCUGCUUUCACAUUUCCAUUCGCUUUCCUCAUUCGUAUUCUCCUGCGGUCUCACACAAAAACUGGAUGGCCUGUCUAGUCCGAAGCUAAAGAACGCACCCGCAAUAUUACCAAGUGCCCAGCAAGUGCCGCUGCCAACGAUGCAGCAAGCUUUGCCACAGCAACAACAACCACAAGCACCACCCCAACAUCAACAACAACAACAAAAGACUGUCCUCAGUGAGAUAACGAUUAACAACAACAUCAACGUAAUAGAUCAUAAUAGCCAUCAGCUGUACAACAACAAUGCGCCAACUGUUGGCGGCAAUACAUCCACGCCCACCGACAUCACUAUAAAUGGUGCCAGCAGCAAUGGCGUCACGAAACAUAGUCCCACCUCCGGCUCGCCGCAACCGAAUGUGCCCGUGGAAGCGUUGGUGGAGCGCAUGAAAGUGCUCUCACAGAAGCAAGAUGAAUGCAGUGAAGCAGAGCUGAGUAAUCGCUUCAAGAGUGUUGAGAUGCAAACCGCCGAAUUGCCCGCCGCCGCACACGAAGCCGCCGCCAAAGUACCGCCGAUCAUCUCGCACUACAUCGAAGAUCCCAAUUUUACCUAUCAGGACUUUGCACGUCGUGGUGCCGAAAAUAUACCCUCCACCUUUCGCGUACAGGACUACUCGUGGGAUGAUCAUGGCUACUCGCUGGUCAAUGGCCUGUACAGCGAUGUGGGCACUCUGUUGGACCAAAAGUUUCGUGCUGCCUACAAUCUGACGUACUUCACCAUGGGCGGCUACCGCAAUGUGGAUACGUCAAAGUUUCGUCGAGCCAUUUGGAAUUACAUUCAAUGCAUCUAUGGCAUACGUCAUGACGAUUACGAUUACGGUGAAGUGAAUCAGUUAUUGGAUCGUCCAUUGAAAAUGUUCAUAAAAACAGCCUGCUGCUUUCCAGAACGGAUUACAACAAAGGACUACGACAGUAUACUCGUCGAACUACAGGAUAGUGAAAAGGUCCACGUUAAUCUAAUGAUUAUGGAGGCGCGCAACCAGGCCGAACUGCUUUAUGCAUUGCGCGAAAUUAUGCGCUACAUGACAUGAUCUCAUUGUAAUUAAAUCUACAAAAACACAACCACACACACAUUUAGAUAGAAACAAAUAAGAAAUGAGAUGAGUGCAAGAAGGAAAGAGAUGAAGAGGAGAAGUAACAGUCGAUGUGCGAUGAAAUAUACAAAUAUACAUACAUACACUCACAUACAUAUAUAGGUGUAUAUACACACAUAUUUUAUAUGCAGUAAAGCCAACUAAUGUUAUAUAGAGCAACAAAAACAAUUAACCAAAAAGAAAACCAAUUAAAUUUCAUUGUAACAAAGAAUAUAGAGGAACACCAACACACACACAUAUGCAUUAGUUAGACGUAAAUAGUUUUUUUUUGAAAUUAGAAGUUCGCUGCGAAGACGAAAAGAAUUACAAAGCGCGUAAAAACAAAUCUUAUUAACCCUUAACGACUUUUUACGCACAUGCAUACAUACAUAUAUAACCACACAUACACAUACGAAAAAGCAUAUACAUAAACAUUUACAAAUAAGUAAUAAAUUAAUUAAGCAAACCCAAAAACAAAACAAAUUUUCACGGAGCGCUGAAACAGAUGACUGUCCGCUAUCAACGUAAAAAUUAUUAAUUAGAUUAAAUUUUUUUUAAAAACUAUUGCAAUCAAUAUGAAACAAUGCAAAUGGUUUUCGUGGUUGUUUUAGGUGAAAAUAAAAAUUUAAAAAUUGUUAUUAAUAGUAAUAUUUUGCAAUGAUGUGUUUUUGUGAAUUGGAUUUUAAUUGAAAUGUAAAAAAGAAUUGCGAAAAAGUUGAACCGUUGAUUUGUGUGUUUGUAUGCGUAAGAAUGUUCCAAUUGGCAAGCAAAGGCCUAUUUGUGCUGUUAAUAGUUUUUUAUACUUAAACAUACUUUUAAUAAAACAACAACAAAUAUUAUUGUUAUGAUCAAGCUGAGCUGCCUGUGGCUGCAAAUGCUCAGGCACCACUGUAAAUUGUAUUCAUUUCCUUUUGUAAAGUUUAUACAGUUACUUGUUACUUUUUAAAAAGAAAUUUAAAAAAGCAAAAGUGAUUUUUAACAAA